UCGAAGGCAGCGAUCAAAAGCGACAGGUGGAGACGACAGGGUUUACAGUGCUUACUCUGGAACUAACACUCCGAAAACACGGAAGACCGGAGACUUAUAAACAUGCCUUUUCAAAGACAGAACUGGAAAUGGUCCAUUAUAUUGUUUACACUUGCUAUCUGCACCGUCCUCACCGGUGCUCAGCAUGAACCUGGCUACUGUGCAUUUUAUGAGGACUGUGGUAAAAACCCUUCCGUCGAGGGGUCUCUCAUUCCCCCAAGGGUGCCCUGUAAGGACUACAGAAAAGCAGUGAAUGUGAUGGGAGAACACUACAAAACUUUUCAAUCCGUGUGCCCAAUGUUGGACAAAGGUGAGGGUAAGACCCUCGCCUGCUGCUCCCUCAAUCAGCUCUUGGCUCUGAAAAGCAGCCUGAUGCUGUCCAAAGCUGUGCUGAACCGCUGCCCGUCAUGCGCAGACAACUUUGCACAUAUGCACUGCGCCACCACCUGCAGUCCAAAUCAAAGCCAGCUGUUAAAAAUCACCAAAACGGCCAACAUCUCACAAUCCAACAACACGUUUAAGGAAGCUGUGGUCGGUUACGAGGCUUACAUCUCCACCAAUUUCUCUGAUGUCGCUUUUGAGUCCUGCAAGAAUGUACGAAUCCCAGCCACCGGAGGGUUUGCGAUCGCUACCAUGUGCGGUCGCUACGGGUCGUCACUGUGUACGCCGCAACGCUGGUAUGAUUUCCAAGGUGACUCUAGCAAUGGACUAGCUCCUUUGGAUAUUAAUUUCAUGCUCUUGUCAGAAGGUCACACUAGCGUGCUUCCACCAGGCGCGACUUUGUUCGCAGGACCAGCGUUGAAAUGUAAUGAAACCACACCCACAGGCGAAGAAUCCUGCUCCUGUCAGGACUGCGUGCAAUCCUGCCCGGCCGUACCAGAGCUUGCCCCUUUACCAGAACCGUUUAGGAUUGGUAAGCUCGACGGAGUUCUGGUCAUCUGCAUCAUAGUCUUCUCCAUUGUCUUUCUGCUGUUCGUUUGUUUCUUGGCAUUCAAGUACAGCACCAAACAACUUAAGUGGAAUAGCAAAGACCAAAAUCAAAAUGACAUUAACCAGAAGAUCAGUCCCAAAGAUGUGCGCUGUUCAGACAAAGCUAGUCUGGCCACUCAAGAAUUUUUGGGUUCGCUCUUCCAGAUGUGGGGAACCAUAAUGGCUCGCCAUCCUCUGAAGGUGCUCCUGGCAUGCCUUGUGGUUGUGUUGGCGUUCGCGGUGGGAAUAAUAAACAUAGAGCUCACCACAGAUCCUGUCCAGCUCUGGUCGGCUCCCAACAGCCGCGCCAGGCGCGAGAAGGACUUUCACGAUACGCAUUUUGAUCCGUUCUACCGCACCAAUCAGGUGAUCCUGACCGCUCCGGACCGGCCCAGCCACUUUUAUGACUCCUUACUUUUCGGCCAGCAAAACUUCAGCGGUAUCAUCUCUAAAGAUUUGAUCACUGAGCUGUUGGAGCUUCAAAAUAAAAUCCAGGCUAUUGAAUUCUGGUCAGAUGAAUUGAACCGCAACGCCAGCCUUAAGGAUAUUUGCUACGCCCCGCUCAAUCCAAAUGACCCUUCUUUAACCGACUGCGCCGUCAACAGCCUGCCGCAGUACUUCCAAAACAAUAUUACAAAUCUGAACCGGGAAGAAAACAUGACACAGCUUGGUGUGACCAAGAAGGUGGAUUGGAGAGACCACUUUAUCUAUUGUGUGAACUCUCCAUUAUCAUUUAAAGACAUCACAGCCCUUGGUAUGAGUUGUAUGGCGGACUACGGGGGUCCGGUCUUCCCCUUUCUUGCUGUCGGAGGAUAUGAAAAUGAAGAGUUCACCGCUGCUGAGGCUCUGAUACUCACCGUCUCCUUAAACAACUAUCCACGAUCCAACGUUAAAUUUAAGGUGGUGCAACAAUGGGAAAGCAGAUUCCUCGAUAUCGUGCAGGAAUAUCAGAGGGACCCGAAAACUAAUUUCACAUUUGCCUACAUGGCUGAGAGAUCUCUGGAGGAUGAGAUAAACAGAACCACGUCGGAGGAUAUCCCCAUAUUCAUGAUAAGCUACGCUGUCAUCUUCCUCUACAUCGCUGUGGCUCUCGGGGAAUAUUCAUCCUGCAAGCGGAUCCUGGUAGAUUCAAAGUUCCUGGUUGGACUGGGUGGUAUUUUGGUGGUUGGCUGCUCUGUACUGGCCUCAAUGGGUUUUUAUGCAUGGAUUGGCAUCCCGUCAUCAUUGAUCAUUCUGCAGGUUGUGCCCUUCCUCGUUCUUGCUGUAGGAGCUGACAACAUCUUUAUUUUGGUGCUGGAGCAUCAGAGAGAUAUGCGUAGACCGGGAGAGACGAGAGAGGAGCAUAUUGGAAGAGUGCUUGGAAACGUGGCACCCAGCAUGCUCCUUUGCAGUUUGUCUGAAUCAGUUUGCUUCUUCCUUGGUGGUUUGAGCAGUAUGCCAGCUGUAAGAUCUUUCGCUCUGUAUGCUGCAUUGGCCGUGCUCAUGGACUUCAUGCUGCAGAUGACGGCUUUUGUGGCUCUGCUGUCGCUCGAUGCCCGGCGACAAAAUGCAAACCGCUGUGAGAUUGCUUGCUGCGUUACCGUUAAAACCCCACACCCGUCCAAACCUAACCAGGGCGUCCUGCUCCCUUUUAUGAAAAAAUACUAUGCUCCUGCGCUGCUGAACCCUGUCAUCAGAAUAAUAGUGAUGCUGGUUUUCCUCGCGAUGUUCUGCGCUUCCGUGUUCCUCUUGUUUCAUGUCAAAGUGGGCUUGAAUCAGGAACUCGCCAUGCCAACUGACUCCUACAUGUUGGACUACUUUGCAUAUCUCUAUAAGUAUUUUGAGGUCGGUGUCCCUACGUAUUUCAUCACAAACAAAGGGUUCAACUUUAAUAGCGUGGAGGGCAUGAACGCUACGUGUGCUAGUGUGGGUUGUGACCAGUUCUCUCUGACUCAGAAGAUCAGAUAUGCCACCGAAUACCCUGAACGAUCAUAUUUGGCCAUUCCAGCAUCCUCAUGGGUAGAUGACUUUAUUGACUGGCUCAACCCCGGAUCCAAAUGUUGUCGUCUCUAUACAAGUGGUCCAAACUUAGGCGAAUUUUGUUCUGCCAGUGAGAGUAAUUCACUAUGUUUAAAAACGUGUAUGAGUCGGCCCGAAAAUGGGGUUCUGCGUCCUAAUGUCACUCAGUUUAACACGUAUCUGCCAGACUUUCUAAGCAACAGACCUGACCUGCAGUGUCCAAAAGGUGGCUUGGGGGCUUAUGACAAAGCUGUUGUGAGGGACAAUUUUACCGGUGAAAUAAUAGCUUCUCGGUUCAUGGCGUACCACACACCUCUGGUGACCUCUCAGGAGUUUACUGCAGCGCUGGAGAAGGCGAGAGAACUGGCCCACGAGAUCACCUUGACCAUGAGAAAUAUUCCCGGUACCUCUCCUGACUUCGAGGUCUUCCCUUACACUGUGACGUACGUGUAUUAUGAACAGUACCUGACCAUCGUGAACGAGGGUGUGUUUAACAUCGCCAUGUGUCUGCUCCCAACGUUCAUCGUGUGUUGUAUCCUCCUCGGCAUGGAUUUGAGAUCGGGGUUUCUAAACUUGCUGACCAUAGUGAUGAUCACUGUGGAUACAGUUGGGGUCAUGACACUGUGGGGCAUUGAUUUCAACGCUGUGUCUCUUAUAAACCUUGUAACGGCUGUUGGUAUAUCAGUGGAGUUUGUUUCUCAUAUCACACGCUCAUUUGCUCUCAGUAUUCUCCCCACAAAGGUGGAAAGAGCAAAGGAAGCCACAGCCAACAUGGGCAGUGCGGUUUUCGCUGGUGUUGCAAUGACUAAUCUACCUGGGAUUGUGGUGCUGGCGUUUGCAAAGGCGCAGCUCAUUCAGAUCUUCUUCUUCAGACUAAAUCUGAUUAUUACAUUACUUGGCAUGGCCCAUGGCCUCAUAUUUCUGCCAGUGCUGCUCAGUUUCUUUGGGCCUGGUGUGAACAAGGCAGUUCUCCUGCGGAUUCAAGAACAAAAGGCCAAAGAGGUGGAACUCCAAGCCAAACAUGUAUAUAACAACAUCAACUUUGAAAACAACGAGAAGUGUGUCAAUGCAGACCCCACGUCUUUUUCAAGAAACAAUAUUAUUCCCAACAACAGCCAAGAACAACCUGCAGGGCAAACUGACAUCAUGUAGCCCAAGACUCUCAUGAAUUGCUCUACCUCUAUUUUUUUCCUCUACAACUUUAUUGACUUAUAAAUAAAGGGACCAUCCACCAUUAUCUACACUGCUGCAGGUGAGCACCUGGAGGACAAAACAAGCCAAAAAAAAUUGAAACAAUACCUUAACAUUAAUAGAACUUUUGCAUACAUGCACUUUCAGUUUGAGGCCAUAACACAUUGUAAAAGGUAAACGCAGAAACGAAUCAUGUUGUGUCGUCUUCAUUCCAAUGUGGACCUCUCAAUAGAACCGUGAUGCUGCUUCAGAACUGCAUAUAAUCUUUGGAGGAACGUGGUGCUCACAGGCGAUACCUGCCAUACAAUUUGAGUGUUUCAUUUAAUCGUGAUGUUUCAGUUUCAAGUUUCAAUUUUAAGGAUUAUUUUACUUUUUUACUCAACUGUGUAGCGUUUGUCAAAAAAGUAUUUAAUUUUAUCGUUGUUUGUUUUGUGAUGUCUGAAACUAAUAUAACAACCCUAGUAACACUCCAGUGAAAAGAGUGUAAUGUCUGCUAUUGUGUCAUGAGGAUUAAUGUUGUAAUAUUAAAAUGCACCGUGUGUAUUUGUAAAAUCUUUUGUCUGUCCACUAUAUUAAACAUAUAUGGUCUGUGAAUCUGAUUAUGAGAUAAUGAGCAUUAACGUUUGAUUUCAACCAUAAAACAUGGUCUUACUUAACAUUACAUACCAAUAUUAAAGUCAUUAUGACAGAAUGUUCUUUACAUUAUGUAAGAUAAUGGAGAGAGAAAAAAAAGUAAAUCACAAAAAAUUGACUUUGGCUGGGUUGUCACAGACUGAGUCACUCACAGUAUGAACGUUAUAACUUUAAGGCUUAUCACUUACCUUUAAAAUAACAAAAAGGUGUUCUCAUAGAAGUUUAUUCUGUAUGAUUGUAGCCAAUACACUUUCAGAAGCAAUUAAAAAAGUUUGUUUUUAGUAAAAGAUUUGCAGGAUAUUUAUUGUACCGUAAACCAGCUUACAGCUGGAUUGUAACACAUUUAAAAACAUUUUA